AUGUCGACUACAAGCCAACCUCCCACGCCAAGCAUCAUCACCGUACCAUGUACACUUCAGACAUGUCCCCUUGACUGGGCCCUUAUUCGAUACAUUCCGAGUCUACCAGGGAAUGCCUUCUACCUCGCUCUGUUCAUCCCAAUGCUUUUAGCUCAGGUAAUUUGCGGAAUUCGUUAUCGUACCUGGAGCUACCUGGCCGCCAUGUCCGGUGGAAUAUUUCUCGAAAUAAUCGGUUACGGAGGACGAGUAAUGCUCCACUCUAAUCCAUUCAAUUUCUCCGCCUUCCUGCAAUACCUCAUCUGUCUUACCAUUGGACCAGCUUUCAUAACGGCGGCCAUUUACAUAUGUUUCGGGCGAGUGAUCAUCCUCUACGGUGCUAGCAUCUCGAGAAUUAAACCGAAGACUUACGCCCGAGUCUUCAUCACCUGUGACCUGAUUUGUCUCGUCUUGCAGGCCGCCGGCGGCGCCAUCACAGCCACGGCUGGCCAAAACCAGGACGGACUGCGCCACACAGGCAUCAACAUUAUGAUUGCCGGCUUAGCAUUGCAGGUUGUAGCGCUAGGAUCCUUUAUGAUCCUGUGCGGCGACUAUGUAUGGAGGCUGAAGCGCCAUGCUCCGGUGGUUCUUCAACCGGUCGAUGGUGAUUGGAAAUGGAAAGGCUUUCUCAUAGGUUUGGUCUUAGCAACGCUUACAAUAUUCAUACGGUCCAUCUUUCGCGUUGCGGAGCUAAAUGGUGGGUUUAGCAGCGACCUGGCAAAUGACGAAGUGGCUUUUAUGAUUCUCGAAGGCGCUAUGAUGGUUAUUGCUUGUGCGUGCAUGAGUGCGUUUCAUCCGGGAUACUGUCUUAUUGGGCAGUGGAAGGACCUCGUCUCGCUUUCGGCUAAACAAAGGGAGAGCGACGACAUGGCGUUAACUGCGAUAUCAGACUCGUACACGACUACAGCGCGUGGGCGGGUCCCUGUCUAA